GCCGCGAGCAGGGAAGAUGGUGGUAACCAGGUCCGGACGGCCUCAGGCCACGAUCCAAGCCACGUUGGCUGAAAACUCCCAGCAGAAGAAUUCUGCUAAAAGAAUUCAGGCACAUCCAAAAAGCAGGAAAGAAUCUCCACCUGUUGACCCAACUACUGCUGAAUCACAAACCACUAGGAAACAAAGUCCAGUCCCUAGAACUCCUAAAAGCAGAAAGAGGAAGAGUGGAACUACAGUCUCAUUACCAGAGAUAAACAAGCCGUAUACUGAUGGAGAGACCUCUGAGGUAGAGUCAGAUUGUUCUUCUGUGUCUGAGCUCCAGGAUCCCAUCUUAAGAGUAACUAGGAGACGGCAGAUCUUGGUUGCAUGCACCCCCGUGUCUAGUGUUAGGAAAAGGCUGAAAAUAACUCCAAUAAAUCAGUCUCAUGCUGAAGAAGACGAUGACUCUGAAGCUGAAUCACAUGUCUCAGGUAUUUCUAGAAUUGUGCCGCCCACAUUAAUAACUACAAGAACUAGAAGAAGUAAGGCUAAAUCCCUAAGUGAGCCAAACCAAGAAUUAUAUGCAGAAAUUAUUUCUGAUGCUGAAUCAUCAUACUCAGACAUUUCUUCAUUUUCUGAAGUUACAACUAUGAGGACAACAAGAAGUAUGCAGAAGAAAUUACAGUCACAAACUGAGGAGAAAUAUACUAACGUUGUACCAGAAACUGAAAAGCAGAUCAUAAAUUUGCCAACGAAUUCAGAGGAUUCAGAUACCAGACAAACAGCUUGUUUACUUGCAAGAUCUCUUUCUCAGAUAAAUAAGCCAAAUUUCUAUAGUAAUGAAACUUAUAAUGACUUUGAUGAUUCCUUCCACAGAAAUUCAGGGGGAAAAAAGGCAGUGCAAAAACGUCAACAUUAUAAUCGAAGAGAGGAAAAACAGGCCAGUGUUGUACCUCUCAAAGAAGUAACAAAACAGAAUUGUAAGAAUUUAGAUGAAGAAUCCAAAGGAAUGGUAGAGGAGGAGAAAGAAAGAAAUGAGAAAAAUUCUCAGUUGGAGAGCCUUUCUGAACCUCAGGACACUGACAUUCAGCAGUUAGUUUCUCAGAGGCAGUCAACCCCCCAAAAUAACAAAACUACAUCAGAGUCCUCACGUGUGAACUGUCAGGCUAUAAUGAAAUCGUUAGCUCAGACAUUUGCAGUGGUAGAAGUGGACAGAUGGAAUGAAGAGAGAAAGAACACCAAAAAAACAAGUGACCUGACAGAAUUUGGUGGUGGUAGUGAUGAAGAAGAAGAGUGCACGGUCAAAGGUAUCCGUGAAGACAUGAAUGACGAAAGGGGUAUAGAUUUUGAGAGCGAAACCAAACUGUUCAAGUCUGAGCUCAACACAUCUCUGGAUAAAGGUGAUUCUGUUUUAUUAGUGCUCAGCAGUGAUGAGAGCCAGCAGUCUGAAAACAGUGAGAAUGAAGAGGACACUGUGUGUUUUGUUGAAAAUAAUGGUCAAAAGGAGUCAUUAAAUGGAGACUCAGAAAAUAUGUCUUGUGACAACCCAUUGUUUGUAAUCGACACAACUCCUGGACUGAGUACUGAUAAACAUUUUUACCUGGAUGAGGGAGACAAGGCAAGUGAGGUUGCCACUGAGGAAGAAGAGGGGGAAGAAGAUGAAAAAAGUGAAGAACCAUCAGACCUUGACAGAAAUAAAGAUGAUGACUUUAGUGAUGAAGACGACUUACUAAAUAGCACAAAGUCUAAACUUCUGAAGUUGACAAGCAGCAGCAUAGACCCUGGUAUGAGUAUCAAGCAGUUGGGUGGUUUGUAUAUUAAUUUCAAUGCAGACAAACUACAGUCAAACAAGAGAACCCUAACACAGAUCAAGGAGAAAAAGAAAGACAUGCUUUUGCAGAAAACCAUCAUUACUCCUGAUUUUGAAAAAAACUACUGUGUCCCACCAUAUAGUGAAUCAAAGUAUCAACUUCAGAAAAAACGCAGAAAAGAACGACAAAAAUCAGCGGGUGAUGGCUGGUUUGGUAUGAAAGCUCCAGAAUUGACAGAUGAACUUAAAAAUGAUCUCAAAGCACUGAAGAUGAGAGCUAGCAUGGACCCAAAAAGGUUUUACAAGAAAAAUGAUAGGGAUGGCUUCCCCAAGUACUUCCAGAUUGGAACCAUUGUUGACAAUCCAGCUGACUUCUACCAUUCCCGAAUUCCCAAAAAACAAAGGAAGAGAACUAUUGUGGAAGAACUGCUGGCUGAUUCUGAGUUCAGAAGAUAUAACCGAAGGAAGUACUCAGAGAUCAUGGCUGAAAAAGCAGCAAAUGCAGCAGGAAAGAAGUUUCGAAAGAAGAAGAAAUUUCGCAAUUGA